AUGAAUUGCAGGGAAAUCAAUACAUUUAUAUAUCUAUUUCUGGAGUUCCUAUGGACACUCUUACGGUCCAUUUUUGAAAUCGUCCGGGCUAUGAUCCGGGUCGUGGUGCCAUGUGAAUCGAAGUCUGUCGAGGGGCAAAUCGUUCUAAUAAGUGGUGCUGGCCAUGGAAUGGGGCGUGAGAUGGCGCUGCGGUUCGCACGACUUGGGGCGACGGUCGUCUGUGUCGAUAUUAAUCCCGAAGGCAACCAGGAAACAACGCUAAUGAUAAAGCAGGAGAAGGGAAAUGCAUAUAAAUAUGAAUGUGACGUCACAGACCGUGCAGCGGUCAUGGAAUUGGCCGCGAAGGUUCGCAAAGAAGUCGGUGAUGUCACGAUACUGGUGAACAACGCUGGUAUCAUGCCCUGCAAGCCAGUGCUUGAGCAGACUGAAAGGGAAAUCCGCCUGAUGAAUGAUCUAAAUAUUAAUGGGUAUAUAUGGAUGAUUCAAGCAUUCCUACCAUCAAUGAUUCAACGGAAUCACGGGCAUAUAAUCUCCAUGUCUUCGAUGGCUGGAAUCAUGGGAAUCCGAAAUCUGGUGCCGUAUUGUGGAUCUAAGUAUGCUGUGAGGGGAAUCAUGGAUGCAUUAGCUAUGGAACUGCGAGCUGAUAAAAGGGAUCUUAGCGGGAUUAAGUUAACAACUGUUUGCCCGACUAUAGUUAACACGGGACUUUGCAAAAAGCCACGAAUUCGCUUUGAGAAGUUGUUCAAGGUAGUGGAGCCGGGUGAGGCAGCCGACACCAUCAUCAAUGCUAUGAGAAGAGACCAGAUUGAGAUUACGAUACCUCAAGAUCUCCAUUAUGUUAAUAGGUACCUGUUCCGUCUUCUGCCAUUCCAAGCAGCUUGUCUGUGGUCAGAAUUCUUCGAUGCAGGGGUUGAUGCCGACGACUGA